CCCAUAAAUAUUUCACAUCCAACCGGAGGAGGUUUUUGGACGUGCGGCCGGCGGCACACUUGGCGCGCGAAGACCGAGGAAACCCCAAGCUGUCUGGUUCUCGUCGUGCCGCUGUGAGUCAUGGCGGUGGGUUGGGCCUGUGUGGCUUGUCUCUGCCUGGUGCUGGUCAGCGGUGACCCCUGCCUCAUCAUCAGCGAGAUCAACGCCGACAACCCCCGACUGGACACCACGGAGUUUGUGGAGUUGUACCACACCGGCGGCCAGCGCGCGUCCCUGGACGGCUACACCCUCGUCUUCUUCAACGGGAACGGCAACGUGGCCUACAAGGUGCUGGACCUCAAAGGCCACAGCACGGACGACAGGGGCUUCUUCCUGGUGGGCUCGGUGGACAUGCUGCCCAAGCCCGCCAUCCUGCUGCCUCCCAACACGGUCCAGAACGGCCCGGACGCCAUCGUCCUGUACCACACGUCGGCUUCCCGCUACAGCGAGAAGAUGAACGUCACGUCCCUGGGGCUGGUGGACGCCGUCGUGUACAUGACCCGCCGCACUGGCGGCGCGGAGUUCCUCGCCGAGACUCUGACGCCGGGAGAACCGGCCUUCGUGGAGGACGAGCGGGCCCUCGAGGGCGACGAGUCCAUCGAGAGGUGCCUGCUGUCCGAGGACCGCUGGGGCUUCCAGGUGUCCUCGCCCUCCCCGGGUCAGAGGAAUAACUGCACGCCGCCCGCCGCCCCGGCGACCGGCCCCGUCAUCACCGAGCUGAAGCUGGGCGGAGGGCAGGUGGACGGCUUCGUGGAGCUGACGGAGGCUCCGGCUGCCGGGCCUCUGGUGCUGGUCGUGUUGGACGGGAGGACGGACCGGGUCAGUGUGAGCGUCAGCGUGGACGCCAACACGUCCAGGAGCGGGCUGAUCUCAGUGACCAUCGAGAAGAACUUCAUGAAAGGAGACGAGUCGGGGGCCGUGGCCGUUUACAGCGGCAGAGCCUCCGACUUCCCCGUCGGCGGUCCGCUCAGCCGGCUCCAGCCUCUCGACGCCUUCGUGUUCGCUGGACCCGGAAACAAGCCGAGCGCCAACCUCACCGAGACGCUCAUCCCGGGCAGAGAGCCCUACCAGCUCAGCACCAGUCUGAGGGAGGGAGGCUUCUACCUGAGCCGCUGUGGCGUGGCCACCUGGGCCAGAGAUCCUGGCAUCUUCUGGGAGGCCCCGCAAACUCCUGCUCAGCCCAACCAGUGCCCCUGGCCUAAGAUCUGCCCGCACAGCAUCGUGGUUCCAGGAGGUCCAGAUUCCCCUCACCACCUCCCCCCCUGGGGGAACGGUGACUUCCUGAUCAACGAGCUGAACACGGACACGCCGGGCGCGGCCGAGGACGGCGAGUACAUCGAGCUGUGGCACCCGUCGGGGCGCCGGGUGUCCCUGCAGGGCACCUGGAUCCUCCUGUUCAGUGCACACAACAACCGGCCCUACAGGGAGAUCAGCCUGAGCGGACACUUCACCACCUCCAAGGGCUACUUCCUGCUGGGCAGCGACCGGCUGGUGCCGGCGCCGUCCCUCCGCCUGCCUCCCAACACCAUCCAGAACGGGCCGGACGCCGUGGCGCUCUACCGCAGCCCGUUCGGGCCGCCGUCGGCCGCGCAGAGGGGGAUCCCCACCAAAGGCCUGCUGGACGCCGUGGUGUACCGGCAGAGGGGGUCUGACAAGGAGGCGCAGGAGCUGAGCAGAGCGCUGACCCCGGGGCAGCUGCCUCUGCUGGAGGACCCCGAGGUUCUGCCCGGCGACGAGGCGCUCAGCCGCUGCAGAGGCCUCUACCCCUACGACCUGUCGGCCUUCUCCGUGGCUCCACCCACACCUCUGAGGGAGAACAGCUGCCCCCGCCCCCCCCCGGCCCCAGAGGGUGUGGUCAUCAGUGAGGUGGCGAGUGGCCGUUGGACCAAUCACAGCCAGCAGAGGGCCUUCGUGGAGCUGCACGGCCCCCCCGCCACCGACCUGCGGGGCCUGGUGCUCUCCGUGUUCGACCAGGAGCGCAGCGGGACCGUCAUGGCGCUCCCUCUGACCGGCUCCCUGGACCAGGACGGGCUCUACGUGGUUGGGAAUGUCACUGGAGCAGACCAGUCGUUCCCGGAGGGCUCGUCGGUGCCGGUCCGGGGGGCCGUGGUCCUGUGCUACGACCUGUUCAGCGUGUGUCGGGCCGGCACCGCUCUCACGAACUCCAGCCUGCGGGACGUCCUGAUGUUCAGCGACAGCCAGCAGCUGCACUCCUCCCUGUCGGCCAGCAGAGGGAGACACGUCAUCCCAGCGGCCAGGUCAGUGGAAGACGGUCCCGUCUCACUGAGCCGGUGUUCCUGCUGCGAGGCGAGGAGCCCCUCCUCCUGGACCAGCUCCUCGCCCACGCCCCACGCCACCAACCUCUGUCCGAGCGCCGCCUUCUCCGCCCACAUCGACCUCUGCCUCAGGCGCCUGUCCAGUGACGGGCCGGAGCGGGCGGCAGACUGCAGUGGCCUGAUUCAGGGGUGGAAGGACGCGGAGGUGGCCGACUACCUGGAGCAGAAGUGUCGCUGUGGCAUCUCUGCUCUGGCUCUCCAAGGAGCCAACGUGUCCUGUGUGUCCGGCUGGCUCCGAGUGCGGGGGAGCAUCCGGGCGCUGUCGGACCACCAGAAGAACCUCAUCAUCCAGACGGCGCACAUGAAGCCCUCGUCCGCACAGGGGGGCGCGUGCGCCUCUCCGUCCACGGGCCGCUACUCAGGCACAGCCUCGGCCCUGGGGCUGCAGAUCGGCCUCGUCGCUGCCGUGCUGCUGCUGCUCGGCCUCGGAGCGGCUCUGUUCACGUAUUUCUACAGGAGGAGGCGCCCUCUGGACUACUACACCAUGGAGUUGAGCGAGCACGCGGAGGGGCUGGCCGACCUUUAAUCCAGGCGACUGGAGGUCUGGUGUGGGCGGAGGACUUCAGGCGGGAAUCCGAGGUUCAUUUCACCCGAGCGUAACGACUGUGCGGAUGUUCUGGAACCACCACGUGUCCUUCUGUGUGUUUGGAAGGUCGACGACGACAUGGCUCGUACGUUCACGGCGCGGUCGAUCCGGUGAUGUUCGGUAGCAGCGGUGACGCUCGGCACAGGCAACCCGCGAAUUUUAAAACGAUAACAUAUUUUUCUCAAGGUUGGUGUUCAGCCUUUGCCUAUGAACGGUGCUGGUUUCUACUUUUAAAUGGAAAAGGAAGAUAAAAGGGAGGAUUAAAAAAAAAAAUUAUAUAUAUAUACACUUGAGUCCUAAAUGGUCAUUCUUCAUGACUUGUUAAUGUUACUGUGGAAAAUGCCUUUUAAAUUAAAAAGUUUUAAAAAACCAAGCUAUGCAGGAAGCAACUAAAUGACCUUCAUCACGUUCUCAGCUGGGACGGCGUUUUAACAACCAGCUUUAUGACCCAGAUAAUAUCCCUCAAAUUCACAUUUAGUCUUCAAAAGGAUGAACUUCCUGCUUUGUGUUCCUGCCACUGGCUGUAAAGUCAUUGAGGCUCCAGUUUGUCCCGGCUUAUCUUUUCAAUGUGAAUGUCUUUAGCUAACUCCUGAUGAGUGUCUGUAACCACUUGUGUUCGCUUACUUAAAGCAAACUGUUUACAUUUUCUUGAUUUGAACAUUUAGAAAAAGGAAUGCGAGGGAACAAUUUCUUAUAUAAAGAGUAUUUGUUUUCUAGAAAUGAGAGCUUGCUUAAGAAAAUCAGAACUACUUUAUGUUUCCUUUUUUAGUGGCUCAGAUAUCUGCUGAGCCUUUUGUGCUUAUUGUACCUAUACAUGUAUUAUUGGAUCAGCUGAUUCCUCAUUUGAGGGAAAGUACAGCCGUCUGUGCUGCAGCCAUAAGUGUGAAGACUCUGGAUGUGUUAGUUAUUCUCAGGGUGGAGCAGUUAUCGCCAAUCUGAAGGAAUAACGUAUUGUGGAACUACAGAGAAUAGUUGGGUUGAGAGCAAAAUGUUAAAUAUUUGAAUUGGUUUUGCUAAAUUCAUUCUACUUUUUGUUUCCAAUUUCUUUCUUUUUUUCUUCAAAUGAAGUUUACCAUGAAAUUGCCAAUACAAAGUGUUGUGAAAUAAUGUGUACGCAUUGAUAUGCUCUAUUUUUAAUGUACCUCGUAAUGAUGCUUUUCCCUUCUGCUGUAGUGCAAUAGAAUACGUGUUUGCUUUAAUCGCCUUAGUGAGGAAACUUUUCUGCUCAGUUCUAAUGUCUCAGUACUGACAUUGACACGCAUUGCAAAACCCAAUGAGAUCAAAUAUAUUCUCCUGUUCACACGAGUUCUGCUCCUGAGCAAAACAUGUGCGACUAGAUUUAAAACCAGCAACGUCAUGUAAGUGAAUUCUCCCCCUGCCGUUUUGUUCUGUUCAUAUAAAGUCUUGUUCCGUAAACUUCUAUCUCUGUAGGUUGUGUGUCAAAUGGUACAUUUCUAAACAAAAAAAAUCAAAAAGCAGGAGCAAACUGCACCACGAGGUCACAUCCGUAAUAAUAUAUUGACCUGCAGAUGUGCCGCCUCUUGAAAUAAGAAGUGAUGUAUUUGCGCACUGGAGUCGCUGUCCUGACGACGGUGAGCAACGCUUCGCUCGGCGCUCGUUUAUCUGCUCUGACGCCACCGAGUGGAACGAGAGCAGCUCAACGCAAGAGGAACCAGAGACGGUUCAGCCUUUGUUUAGAGACUCUGAAAAGUCUGCUGUGGCCAUGCCCAACCGACAGAAGCAGGAGAGAAAGCUUCGCGUCGUCUGCGUCUCCAGAUUAUAAAGCGCUCUUCCAGUUCAUUUCCCCCGUUUUCCAUGCACUUGUAGCAGGUUUGAAAUAAAAAUACUUCUGCAGAUUUGCAA